AUGUCAGCCGAUAUACAGAACCAUCUAAAAGAAAAGGCAGAGAGGGGAGAAAUUGAAUGGACUCUGUUCUCUACUGGCCCUUUUCUGGAUAUGAUUUUGGCAAAUUUGCCAUUACUUUUCAACGCGAAGAACAAGGAGAUUGCAUGGUAUGCUGCUGGCGAAGGCAAAACCAGCUUCACGUCUAAUGUCACAAUUGGAAAAGCUGUCACCGCGGCGCUUAAACUCCCCACCAAAACCAAGAAUCGCAACAUAUUCAUUCACGAUGCUGUCGUCACGCAGAAACAAAUGGUAGCGCUCGCGAAGAAGUACGUCCCUGGAGAAUGGAAAGAGACAAAGGCUAGUAGCGAAGAGGAGUUGAAGGCGAAGUUCGAGAAGAGAUUCAUAAAUUUUAGAGUGUAUAUAACCAAGAAAGAUAUGUAG